CUACUUGUCAUCUGUGGGGCUUUUGUCUCUCUUGUCUGUGAACCAUCUACUACACUACAACCAUCCCUUACUUGAACAGGCACAGUGACAGACAGGGUUAGCUACAGACCAGCCGCCUGCCUCACACAGCUAGAGUACAAUACCAAACCAGCAUACCUGAAAGAAGACAUCUCCCAACCAAACUUUGAACAGACUUCAGCACUAUAGUGAGGUCGCAGGACUGGGAGUGAAGAUGAUUUUAUCUACUAUAUUGAUGGUGUCUCUCUAUGGGCUCUCUCUGGCCCAAGGGGAAGGAAUGGAGAGGAUCCAGGAAUGUAAAACCAGAUGCUCCAAGGGCCUCCAUUGCAAAAGUAAAACCCACUAUUCCUUUGCCCCAUGCAGGACCCAGAAAGCAGGCCUCAACACCAGUGUUGUCUUCCACAACGUCAGCCUGUCCACAGUGAUGAGGUGUGAGGGGAAACAGAAGUGCUCUCUUCACUUUCGAGUUCACACUGCUCUUCAGCUCAGUGAGCACAUCCAUGGCGUCUCCAUAUGCACUGUCACCGCAGGGAUGAUGUUGGAAAUCUGUAGGCUCGUUAGCUUCCCCAGAGUAGCCAGAGAGAGACUGGAGGGACAGCAGUUGGAGGUUCAGAAUGACUGCUCUGAGGUGUGGCCAGGUCAAUACGUUCACGUCACUCUAAAGACAAAUCCAAGCUACUGUGGAGUUACCUGGACAAGCACUUACCAAGUCCCAGAAUGUAGCAGCAGAGAUCUUCGGAGUAACAUUCCAGAAUGCAUCACUGGGAGGCUAGCGUACACUGUGGACUCAGACAGAAAGGAGCUGGCUGUGUCUGUCUCAGACAUGUUGGAGGAUAAAGACUAUCACCUGAGACUGUGUCACAGAAAAGACUACACCUGUAGAGACACAGGGGCCAACGCACUGAUCAGAAAGGAGGAUGUGCUGAAGAAUACUACUCUGCAGUAUUCUACACCGUUGCCCUGUCUCUGCAUCGAGGGCUGGUCUGCCACCUCUGAUGCACCCAGAGUUCAAGUCUUUCCCUUCAGAGACAAUCUGGAGGAGUUGUGGUCUGGCAUUAACUUUGACCCGGUGGAGGAGUUGUUGUCAUGGGAACCGGUGUGUCCUGUUGUUGCGGUGAUCUCACUGUGCCAAAAACAAGGGAACGAUGGGUGUGACGAUCUGGCUGGUUCAUCACAGACCCUCAACAGGGAGAAGAUAACAUUCUCCACAGUGGAUCCACACCCACAGCUUUGCAUGAAGUUUACCACAGAUUCUGGAUCCUGGAUCCGGUGCCCCUUUGCAGAUGGGAAUUUCCAAGCUUGGGACCUGGGUGUCGACCAGCUGGGGCUGGUUUUAACGUCACGGGUCAGAGCACCCCUCUCUCUUCAUGUGUGUGUGAAGACGGGGACCUCUGCAUGCCACCCAGAACACACACUCCCUGUACAUGUGGAGAAAUCUGCUAAUCUCAACCUGACUGUGGACGUAUGCCUACCAAACACCUGUGUCCAGGUGAAGAGGCUUAACGUAAAGUAUGCUGUCACCAUCCUUCAUUGCCAUAUACGAUGCUUGGACCUAGCUGAUGCCCGUGGCCGUGCCCAUGCCCCUGCAAUGGUUGGGCAAACUCCGGCCUUGCAAGGCUACUUGGAGCUGAUCUGGGUAGUGGUGCCAGCUGUGGCCUGUCUCACUGCUGCUGUCAUAGUGGCAGCUCUAGUCAUCAAAGCCCUAAUAACUGUUCACCAGAGAGGGCACAGAAAAGGACUGCAUGGGAUCUGUACAUUGAAACAACAAACAGAAUCUCAUGCUGUUGCUGUUGACCGCGCCACCCCAGGACUCCAAGAUCAGACUACUCUCCAUAAAGAGAUGCCAAUACCUUACACUCUUCCGUUUGAAAAUUGCGAAAGGGCUAACUUACUGCAGUUUUAAUUUAGUCUUAGAUUUAGUCUUAAAUUAGAUUUUAGCUUCGUUACAUUUUUGUCAUUUAAUCUUUGGUUAAUUUGAGUUAUUUUCAGUUGACAAAAACCCUGCUUUCCUUCAAAAUAGGAGAAUAUGAGCUUUCCCACAAUGCCAGAACUAUUACUAUACUCCUAAUAUUCCGCAAAAAUCAUUUGUUUUCCCAAUUGGAAAAAGCAACUGCACCUCGCUAUUGCCAACACAGAUUAAUAAAAGUGCACAUGGCACAAUAGAACUUGUGAUGUGAUCAGAGCAAAAAUUACCAAAAUUAAAGCAAAGAUUUAAAAUACAUUAUUGUUUCUAAUUGAGGUUAGUUUGUUACAAUUUAAGUAUCCUGUCUGCGCAUCAGCUCAAAAGAGAGACCGAGAUUAGUGAUUAAAGUGACUGGGAGCUGUGUUUGUGGGAGAGCCAGAUCAAUACAACCAGCCCAUGCAACAGAAAGAUGUUAUCGGCUAAUGAGAGGAUUGCAUUAUAUAUUCUGCACAGGGAUGCAUGGUUAUAAUUGGACAAAACAGAUUUAAAGGAGUUUCAUGUGAAAUUGAAUGUCCAUUUGUCUCACGUGGAAUUCUCGCCUCGUUACAUUUUACAAUUAAAAGUAAUUGGUAAUAGUUAUAGUUUUUUUCCAGAGAAUUUCAUCUCAUCAUUAGUUUCAUCAGGAAAAAUAGGUUCUUGACUACAGAGAGCUCAAACACGAGAUGGCUCAAACACGAGAUGUAUGUGGCAGGGUCUACAGUCAAUCAUGGAUUUCAAAAAGAAAACCAGCCCCGUCAUGGACAUCAACAUCUUGCUCCCAGACAAAUUAAACAACUUCUUUGCUCGCUUUGAGGACAAUACAGUGCCACUGACACGGCCCGCCACCAAAGCCUGUGGGCCCCCCUUCAUUGUGGCCAACUUGAGUAAAACAUUUAAGCGUGAUAGCCCUCACAAGACUGCUGGCCCAGACGGCAUCCUUAGCCGCAUCCUUACUGACAUAUUCAAUCAAUCCCUAUCCCAGUCUGCUGUUCCCACAUACUUCAAGAUGGCCACCAUUGUUCCUGUUCACAAGAAAGCUAAGGUAACUGAACUAAAUGACUAUCGCCCCGUAGCACUCACUUCUGUCAUCAUGAAGUGCUUUGAGAGACUAGUCAAGUAUCAUAUCACCUCCACCCUACCUGAUACCCUAGACCCACUCCAAUUUGCUUACCGCCCCAAUAGGUCCACAAACGACGCAAUCUCACACUGCACACUGCCCUAUCCCAUCUGGACAAGAGGAAUACCUAUGUAAAAAUGUUUUUCAUUGACUACAGCUCAGCAUUUAACACCAUAGUACCCUUCAAACUCGUCAUUAAGCUCGAGAUCCUGGGUCUUGACCCCGCCCUGUGCAACUGGGUCCUGGACUUUGACGGGCCGCCCACAGGUGGUGGGGGUAGGAAACAACAUCACCAUCCUGCCGAUCCUCAACACUGGGGCCCCACAAGGGUGCGUUCUCAGCCCUCUCCUGUACUCCCUGUUCACCCAUGACUGCAUGGCCAUGCAUGCCUCCAACUCAAUCAUCAGCAGACGACACUACAGUGGUAGGCUUGAUUACCAACAACGACAAGACGGCCGACAAGGAGGAGGUGAGGGCCCUCUGAGUGUGGUGUCAGGAAAAUAACCUUUCACUCAACGUCAACAAAACAAAGGAGAUGAUCGUGAACUUCAGGAAACAGCAGAGGGAAGAGCCCCCUAUGAAUAUCGACGGGACAGUAGUGGAGAAGGUGGAAAGUUUUAAGUUACUCAGUGUACACAUCAUGGACAAACUGAAAUGGUCCACCCACACAGACAGCGUGGUGAAGAAGACGCAACAGCGCCUCUUCAACCUCAGGAGGCUGAAGAAAUUCGUCUUGUCACCUAAAACACUCACAAACGUUUACAGAUGCACAAUCGAGAGCAUCCUGUACAAAAACUGCUCCGCCCACAACCGCAAGGCUCUGAAGAGCCUGCACAAUGGUCUGCACAAUGCAUCACCGGGGGCAAUAUACCUGCCCUCCAGGACAUCUACAGCACACGAUGUCACAGGAAGGCCAAAAAGAUCCUCAAAGACAACAACCACCAGAACCACUGCCGGUUCACCCCGCUAUCAUCCAGAAGGCAAGGUCAGUACUGGUGCAUCAGCUGGGACCGAGAGACUGAAAAACAGCUUCUAUUUCAAGGCCAUCAGACUGUUAAACAGCCAUCACUAACAUAGAGUGGCUGCUGCCAACAUACUGACUCAAAUCUCUUGCCACUUUAAUACAUUUAAUAAUGGAUUUAAUAAUGCUAUCACUCUUCACUUUACAAAUAGUUACUUUAAUAAUGUCUACAUAUCCUACAUUACUCAUCUCAUAUGUAUGUACUGUAUUCUAUACCAUCUACUGCAUCUUGCCUAUGCCACACGGCCAUUGGUCAUCCAUAUAUUUACAUGUACUUUUUCUUAUUCAUCCCUUUACAUUAGUGUGUAUAAGGUAGUCAUUGUGAAUUUGUUAUAUUACUUGUUAGAUAUUACUGCACUGUCGGAACUAGAAGCACAAGCAUUUCACUACACUUGCUAACCAUGUAUGUGACCAAUAAAAUUUGAUUUGGUUUGAUUAGUCCGCUAAACCAAAGUCUGGUUCCCCAAGCUACAUUGCCUAAGCUUUGCCUUAGCAGGCUAAAAUGUUAUUUUUGUUUACAAGACACCAGGUUUGAACCCCAUCGUUAACAGAGCGCAUGACAUGUCAAAAAUGUACAACUGCAGGUGGUGUUGUGUUUCUUUCCUGGUCCAAACCUCCAUGAAGAAAGAAAAGACAAUAGAACAUGCUAAAUGGGCAGUUGUAAAAUAUUUAAAAAAACACUUUCUACAUUGCACUGACCAUUUUCUGUUAAUCAUUUUAGAAUUUCUGUUUAACCGUUUCCAAUUUUCAAUAAACCAUUUUACAAUUUUCAUUUUAACAUUGCAAUUUUAUCGUGACAUGAAUUUAUGUGCACCUAUAUGAAAAUAUAAAUGCAUUUAUAAUGUUUGCGUAUCAAUUGAGCAUUUAAGCAUUGCAUUUUCGAAUUGAUCACCUUAGUAAUUAGUUGUUGACAAAAUUAACACUGACUUACUGACAUGAUUCACAGGCUGAACAUUGCACUUAGGCCUAAGCCUAAAUAGAUAGACUUGUUACAAGAAGCCAAUAAAGAGUCAUAAAGCUAAAAUAAGUUCUCGGUUUAUUGUGGUGGGACUGCCUACAGGAGUCGACUAUGACUGACAUUUCAGACGCUUUUGUGUUGUGUGUACAGUAUGUUUUCAUAUAUUUAACUUGAACUUUAUGAGGAAAAUAUUUACUGUAUGUGAUGUAUGUGAUGGUUGUAAUACAUGUUUUGUAAUAUUUAGCAUUUAUAUUCUAGAUAAACUCAUAUUGCUGCCAUUUCUGUGUUUCUGUGCAUUUGAAGAACUGUAAUAAAAGCCCUCCAGCACUAGUUAUUUUAUGCUGUCCUGAGCAAACCUGCCUCAGUGUUAAAUUAAGAAAACCAAUACAUUAUCUUUCUUGCAUAAUUAUUUCUUGGACUUUUAACCUACACAAUGGAGUCUACCUUGUAAAAAUAAAAAGUCUCAAAACAC